UAAUUCGCGUUCGACGCAGCGCGACCAUAGCACAACAACUUGGAUGUCUUUUUAAAGAUAUACUGUUAACAGAGGAAUUCAAGUUUGUUGCUGAAAUGUUUUACCACAUUUCUCUGGAGCAUGAAAUCUUGCUACAUCCCAGGUAUUUUGGGCCAAAUCUACUCAACACCGUGAAGCAGAAAUUGUUCACAGAAGUAGAGGGUACUUGUACUGGCAAGUAUGGCUUUGUCAUUGCUGUAACCACUAUUGACAACAUCGGGGCAGGUGUAAUUCAGCCAGGCAGAGGUUUCGUCCUCUAUCCAGUCAAGUACAAGGCCAUCGUCUUCCGCCCGUUUAAGGGAGAAGUUGUGGAUGCUGUUGUCACUCAGGUUAACAAGGUUGGAUUGUUCACAGAAAUUGGUCCGAUGUCUUGCUUCAUCUCUCGCCACUCCAUUCCUUCAGAAAUGGAGUUUGACCCUAACUCUAAUCCACCUUGCUACAAGACAGUUGACGAGGACAUUGUAAUCCAGCAAGAUGAUGAGAUCCGACUGAAGAUUGUGGGAACAAGAGUUGACAAGAAUGAUAUUUUUGCUAUUGGAUCUCUGAUGGAUGACUAUCUAGGUCUUGUGAGCUGAUUUGUCUCUGUGGAGCGCAUCUGAUGGGACAUUUUUAUGUAGUAAACUAUAUGGGUUUUUUUGUUCAUAAUAUUUUUCUACACUUCAGACUUUUGUUGAUUUUUAUUCAGACUGCUGUAAAAGUUCAAUGCCGUGGAACACUGCAUUUGUUUGUAACAUGAUGAUAUACAAUACAGGACCAAUCCACGGAAAUGUUUGUUUUUCUUUUUGUGAAAUGCAUAAUUUCAUUUUU